AUGGGUAUCAACAACCCUCUUCCGUCGUCUCUUUCGUCGGAAUGCAAGAAAUGCGGCAAGAUUCUCGCCUCGUUCAUCGAGCCUAAACAAGCCUUUGGUCCCGACAAGGUGAUACCGCCAUCUGUGCUCGCGAACGCCAAGGGUCUUGCUAUCCUCACAGUCAUCAAGGCUGGUUUCCUCGGUUCUGCCCGUUUCGGUAGCGGUCUGGUAGUCGCCCGCCUCCCCGACGGUAGCUGGUCUGCACCCACCGCCAUUGCGACGGGUGGUGCCGGCUUCGGCGGUCAGAUCGGUUUCGAGCUUACAGACUUCGUCUUCAUUCUCAACGAUGCGAGCGCCGUAAAAACCUUCGCCCAGGCUGGAUCACUUACACUUGGUGGUAAUGUUUCGGUCGCCGCGGGGCCUAUCGGUAGAAAUGCCGAGGCCGCUGGAGCCGCCUCGCUGAGAAGCGUAGCUGGCAUCUUCAGUUACUCCAAGACCAAGGGCUUGUUUGCGGGUGUCUCUCUCGAAGGUUCUAUGAUAAUAGAGCGGAAGGACGCCAAUGCGAAGCUCUAUGGUCGUCCGGUUUCCGCCAAGGAGCUCCUUUCGGGAGCCGAGCGCCCCCCGCCGCAGGCCGCUCCUCUUCUCAGCAUUCUUAACUCACGGACCUUUGCUGGCAUGUCCUCUGGGUCCUUCGACGACCGGAUGUAUAACGAUCAGCCCGUCUACGACAACACCCAUGACAGCGUGGUAUGGGGAAACAGGACAGGAAAUGCCUACGGCGAGGGCCAGACCCGCGAUGUCGGUCAUGGUGCAUCGGGAGGAGGACAAGCACAUGAUGAGUUUGGCCGACCUAAGCGCGCUUCCACGUGGCAGGAUGAUGUGUACGACCAGCAGCCUCGAGGCUUCUCGAAUAACAGAUCAUCGGUACAAUACGAUACUAAUGGAAGUGCAUUUGGCGGCGGCUACGGGGCGGCAGCGGCUCAGCAGGGGGCCGCCGACAAGAAGGUUGGUCCGGGGCGUCCGGCUGCGCCUAAGCCGAACUACGCGAGCAAACAAGCCUUGAUGAAGAAGAACGAGGCCGUUGCUCUUUACACAUUUAAUGCGGACCAACCUGGAGAUUUGGGUUUCCAAAAGGGCGAGAUUAUCACCAUUCUCAAGAAAACCGAUAGCGAUAACGACUGGUGGACUGGCAUGAUUGGCACAAGGCACGGCACAUUCCCGAGCAACUACGUAAAGAUGAUCGAGUAA